AUGGUGGUGCCGAGCGGUGGCGCGGGAGGAGGGGUGGAAGGCGGUGGCGGCGGCGGUGUAUCGGCGGCGGGGUCGGGUUCCGGCGGCAGGGUGAAGGGGUCUUGGACGCCGGAGGAGGACGACCUGCUGCGGUGCGCCGUGACGCGGCACGGGCCGAGGAACUGGACCGUCAUCAGCGCCGAGAUCCCCGGGCGGUCCGGCAAGUCGUGCCGCCUGCGGUGGUGCAACCAGCUCAGCCCCGGCGUGGAGCGCCGCGCCUUCACGCCCGAGGAGGACGCCGUGAUCGUCGCGGCGCACGCGCAGUACGGCAACAAGUGGGCCACCAUCGCGCGGAUGCUCCACGGCCGCACCGACAACUCCGUCAAGAACCACUGGAACUCCACGCUGCGCCGGCAGCGCAGGGCGGCGGCCGCAAACGCUAACGCCAGCGCCGUCGGGUGCUCCCUCCAGCUGCGGCCGCUCGCGGCCGCGGCGGUCACGGCGGCCCCCGUCCCGCUCCGCCAUCUGCUGGAUCUCAAGGAGUCGGCGGCGGCGGGGGCAUCCGUGCCGUUCCAUCGCUUUGACCCCAAGGAGGUGGACGAGGACGAGGACAUGGACGAGGAGGACGACGAGGACGGCAGCAGCGAGGACUCGGUGCUGAUGCCGCCGCCCAAAAAGCGGCCUUGCGCCGGCUACCAGCAUCCAUCUUCUCUGGACGUGAAGCCCGAACACGCGAAGCCGCCCCCGCCCCUGCCCCCGCCCGCGCCCGCGCCGGCCGAGCCGCUCACGUCGCUCACCCUCAGCCUGCCGGGUGGCGGCGGCAACGGCGUCAGGGUCCACGACGAGACCCCCGCACCGCAGAGCGCGGCGGCCAGCAUGGAGGAGGGUGCCGUGAACUUGAGGGCGAAGCUGGAGCAGGACCCGUGGUUCGUACCCGUGAUGCGGCAGAUGAUCUGCGAGGAGGUCCAGCGGCAGAUGCAUGGGAUGGACGUGUCCUGCAGCUCGCUGGUCGCGGUGCCGGCGGGCAGGAGAAGCAGCGCCGGCGGGGCUGACGGCGGAGGCGGCGCGAACGGCCAGGCCUGA